AUGGUGAAUAUAAUUCAGGUCUUCCAUUCUUAUUCUGGAAAAGAUUGUAAACUGAAGAAAAAAGAUCUGAAGGAGUUAAUUAACUCACAGAUGUCCUCAUUUGUCAAGGUGAGUAGAAUAAUUCUGUAUUUUCAGAAUGUUACAAGGCUCCUUUCAUGUGGAGUGCUCAGCAGGGGGUCGUUACGCAUGUCUGCCUGA